UUAACAAUUAGUAUUUAGGUAGUUAAACUAAGAAUCUGCCCUUAAUAACUUUAAAAAAUGAACUUCUUGAUCGAAAUAUCUAAGAAUUGUAUAUUUGGAUCUGAAUUGAAGUUAAAAUAGCAUACCUCAGUCCCAUAAUAGUAUGUAUAUAUUUCCCUAUCGUCAGUUCUAUUAGUAAGCUUAGUCAAAAGAAAUGGAGAGAGCGUUCAGUUACAUUCCUCUGGGAAUUUUAUUAGCCAGUUCUCUGGCAACAACCAAUAUUAUUACUGAUAAAUCUGCCCUUGUGGCUUUAAAAAACCACAUAAUUUCUUAUCCUUGCUUAAUCUUGGCCAAAAAUUGGUCCAAUUCAUCCUUUUGAAAUUUCUUGUGACUCUAAUUGUCAAAGAGUGGUGGCCUUAAAUAUUUCUAACAUGGGUUUUGAAGGCACAAUUCCUUCACAACUAGGAAACCUCUCAUUUCUUGUUUCUCUGGACAUGAGCAACAACAGUUUUCAUGGUUAUCUGCCAACAGGGAUGUCUCAUUUGCGUCGACUAAGUUUCAUGGCUUUGAGCAACAAUAAUUUUGCCGGAGAAAUUCCAUCAUGGUUGGGCGCCUUGGAUAGACUUCAAUACCUAUCCUUGAGUAACAAUUCUUUUCUUGGUGAUCUUCCUGCUAACAUAUGCAACAAUCUUUCAAAUCUAAAAGAGGUUGAUAUGUUUUCGAAUCAGUUGAGCGAUGAAAUACUAUCAGAUUUAUCAAAUUGCUCCAGAUUGGAGUCGUUAUCUUUGUCAUACAACCAGUUCAGCGGAUCCAUACCUAAAGAACUUGGGAGGCUAAAAAUGCCUGAGGUGCUACAUCUUGCGGUUAACAUUUUAGAAGGUUUGGAGCAACAGCAAGAAAGAGCUCUCGGUGGAGAUUCUGGAAUAAGGCUUUCGUGCGCAAAUAUUUAGAUUUGCUGUGCAGUUACCCACAAAGACGUAUUCUCAAGCAUCGUUAGGGGCGGAUUAGCUUGACACUGAUGGAAGUACCAGAGACUACUUGUUAAUUGAAACAUACAUCAAUGAGGUCUUCAAUGAAAAUGUACAUCUGAUGAACAAAGUACUUGAAUGCUUUCCCCUUGAUUCCUAAAUUUUAAAAUGAGACACUAUGGUCCCAAUUUAGUUUUUAAAAUAUAAAAUCUGUUUCAUUUGAGGUCUAAAA